UGAAUAAGGAGUUCAUCAGCUGGGUCAACACAACACGGAAUCUCUUUACUUUGGAUAAAUAAAGUGGUUUGUGUGCACAGAAGCUGCCUGCAGAUGUGCCGGGGCUCAAAGACCUUUGUGCUGUCACCAGGAGAGAGCUGGCUUUGUGUAUCAGUACGCCUCUUUUUGCCCACAUCAGACAGACCUGUGACACUAAGGUUCAGUAAUUGAUGAAAGCAGCAAGGAACGGUACCAAGGAGGGUUUAGGAAGGAGAAAGUUAGCAAUGAUUCGCAAAGUGUCAUUCCUACAGAGAAAAGACUCUACAGGUGAUGGAAAAGAUGAUGCCGGUUACAUGGAUGUGUCUUUGUGUGAGGUAAAACACCCUCCACCACAACUCUGCCCCAUGCCAGAGGGACUCAGCAGUCAGCAGGUUGUCAGACGUCUCAUCCUCAGAUCCAUUGUGCAAAGUGAGAGCAGCUACUUGGACUCUCUCAAACGAAUCCUUCAGGAGUACCAGAAGCCUUUGCUGGAGACACAGUCUGUGAUUUUAAACCCAAAGAAGGUGCGUCAGAUCUUUCACCGCCUGCACGAGAUCUAUCAGUGUCACUGCAUGUUCCAGAUUGCCCUUGCAUCCCGCGUGGCCGAGUGGGAUCAAAGUGAGAAGAUAGGAGACUUGUUUGUGGCUUCGUUUUCAAAGUCCAUGGUUCUGAAUGUGUAUAGUGACUACAUCAAUAACUUCACCAGCGCCAUGGCCCUUAUCAAGAAGGCCUGCUUGUCAAAACCUGCUUUCUUGGACUUUCUUAAGAGGAAGCAGGCAUCGAGCCCAGACAGAAUCACCCUAUAUGGCUUGAUGGUCAAACCUAUUCAGCGCUUCCCACAAUUCAUUCUGCUGCUACAGGACAUGUUGAAGAACACUCCAAGGUCCCACAGUGACCGGCUGCCCCUGCAGCUGGCUCUGACUGAGCUUGAGACCCUGGCCGAGAAACUCAAUGAGCAGAAACGUCUGGCUGACCAGGAGGCUGAGAUCCAGCACUUAGCUCGCAGCACUGGGGAACGCAAUCUCAACAAGCUGCUGAACUCAGAACAGAGGCAGCUGAUUCAUUGUGAACUUCUUACUGAGAUAGUUUUUGGGGAUAAAGGUCAAGUUAUCAAGUCAAAGGAGCGGAAGGUCUUUCUCAUCAACGACACCCUCAUUUGUACCAAUGUGAACCUGAAGGGUCCCCCUGACAUCAACACCCUGGUUCCUGUUGGUCCUAAGUACACAGUGAAGUGGAGUGCUUCUCUGCUGCAGACUCAGGUGGUGGAGGUGGGGCAAGAUAGUCUGCAGGGCAAAGACGGUGUCAUCACAGCCAGAUGUCGCAGCUCUACUGCCAGCAUCACUGGUAAAGUAUUGCUCGGCCCUCCAAGAUUGUAUCAGGAAUUGGAGGAGCUGCAGCAUGACCUGGCUGUAGUGGAGGAGGUCUCACUGUUGGUUGGCACGCUCCACGGAAUCUACCAGAAUCUGAAUACCACAGUGUCUCAGGACUGGUGUCUGGCUCUACAGAGGCUCAUCCGUCUAAAGGAGGAGGAGAUCCAGAACGCCAACAAGUGUCGCCUACGCCUAUCUGUUCCAGGCAAACCUGACAAGUCUGGUCGUCCAGUGAGCAUCAUGGUGGUCUUCAACACUCCCAACCCCUUCAGUAAGAUCUCCUGGGUGAACCGUCUUCACCUUGCCAAGAUAGCCCAGAGAAAGGAAAACACGUCAGGUUGGGAAUGUGCUGAAGAAGAUGGGAAGACGAAAGCUCUGUUAAGCUGCCCACUGCUUACCUGUAAACUUUCGGUUUUCUCCUCCAGAACACACACUCUGAAGCUGGAGGCAGCUCUUCACAGCCCACCUCAGUCCAGACUGCUUGGUUUCUGCACUGCCAGCACAUCCUUGCCACAGGGUUACCUUUGGGUUGCUGGUGGAGGUGGCAACUCCAACCAUGGGCAAGUAGAGAUUUUCUCUCUGAACCGAGCCAGUGCCCGCUUGGUCAAAACCCUCCCACUGAGAGCCCCAGUCCUUUGCCUGGAGUAUGUGAAGGAGCCGUGCCCCAGUACAGAGGAGGGGACUGAGAAAGCCCAAAGGGCAGCGAAGACAGGAAACAUAAUCUGUGUUGGCCUGCAGGACGGCAGUAUCCAUGUUCAGAGCAGUGUGGACACAGCUGUUCAGUGCCUGCUGACCUUGGUAAACCCUGACAACUGUCCAGUGCUCUGCCUCAAACAUUCACUGUCGUUCCUGUUUGCUGGACUGGCUAAUGGCAAAGUAGCUAUAUACUACAGAAAAACUGGAGAGCGACUGUGGGAUGUGGAUUCAUGCAAGCUAGUGUCUCUUGGCUCCAAGCCGGUCUCCUGUCUGCUGACACUUGAAGACACUGUGUGGGCCAGCUGUGAAAACCAAGUCACUGUCAUACAAGGAGACAGCCUCUGCAUGCAGAGCUUCGAAGCCCACUCAGAUCCAGACUUCAGUGUUAGCCACAUGGUCCAUUCAGGUGGAGGUGUUUGGAUUGCCUUCACCAAAGGAUCCUCCAUUCAUCUGUUCCACACAGAGACCUUACAACAACUGCAGGAAGUCAACAUCUCCACCCGUACCAACUAUCUGUCACCAGGUCACGUUUGUGUAUCCAGCUUACUGAUCUCUCAGGGUAUGUUGUGGGUGGGGACUAGCCAGGGUGUCAUCAUCACUUUCUCUGUACCAACCCUCGAGGGUAUCCCAAAGAUCACAGGUAAAGCGAUGACAUCUCUGAAUGCUCACUGUGGUGCUGUAGAUUUCCUGGUGUCAGCCUGCAGCACCCUGGCCUCUGAUUUGCUUCGACGGGAUUCCAUCUUCAACAUUAGCAAAGAGAGUGCUGAUGGAGAGGGAGGAGGAGGUGGAGGUAAUGUUGAAGGAGAAAGAGGAGAGCAGAAGCUGGAAAAUAGCCACCAUACGGAGAACUUAGAAACUUCUCCAUGGAAGCAGGACAAACCUAAGCAUCUCCUAUUGCAGUACCACCUCCAUUCCACCUCCCAGCUUCCUGGGAAGCUGCUGACAGCUCAGCCAGAACAAGGGAACCCAAGGGCCUCCCCAGAUCUCCAGAUGGAGGAUGGCUCCAUCUAUGAAGUAAAUGAGGACCCUGAUGUUUGGUUGAGGGGGCGGCCACUGGAGUUGGGGAAGGAGGGAGAGGCCAAACGUAACAAAGUGACUUCAACAGCCAUCUUCUCUGGUGGAAGAGGAUACCGCAGGAUAGGACUGUCAGCAUCAGAAGAAACCUGCUCAGACUCCAGUGAAAACACACUGCUUGUGUGGCAGCUCCCUCUCACGCUUAGCCAAUGACAGCUUUCUUUGUCCUCAGUUACUCUAGUUCAAGGCACGUGUGAUUACUCUUAGACCAGGCACGUUUAAACAUUUGAAGUUGAUUCUAAAGUCAAGGACAUAUCAGCUUUGACAGUUGACAGUUAAAAUAAAAGUAACAUUACUUAAGCCUACAGAUGACGACUGUCAUCAGAGUGGAUACUAGGUGACAGCUUUAUUUACUACAGUGAGCAGUCGUAAUGUUGCAUAUCACAAAGAUAGCAGCACCUGGCAUCAGUAGAGAGGAAGAACUCCAUAUUUACAGGAAGCAAUCCCCCAAAGAACCUGGCUUAUAUAGUAUACUAAUUUUAAAAUCAGCAAUGUUUUUCAAAUGAAGCUGUACAAUGUGAUACUUGGUGGAACAUUUCUGUAUGGAAACAGGUUGUAUGUGUAUGUCAGAUGAGUGUCAAGCCUCAGUGUCUGCAUUUGGACCUUCAACUUUUUGAUUUGGACACACAUCUCAGUGUUAGGCCAAACAAAAUAGUGGCAUAUUAUGAAAAGAACUUAAUGAAAACCUAAAUCUUUAUAUAAUAAAGGAAAAAAAUGUAAGAAAAUGCAUCACAAUGAAAAUUUCAAUGGUGUUUGGGUGUGUGUGUGUGAGAGCGCGCGUGUGUGCAGCUACACCAUAAACACAGCAUAAAUACACAGACCCAGACAGGUAAUGGAGUCAAGUGAUGUCUUUACUGUGAGCUGUUAACGAUUCACUGCUGGAAAGUUCCACCUCCUAAUACUCCUAUUACCUCUAGGAUGACGACUUUCUACAUCUGCCACAGCUGUUCCUUCAGUCUCGUCACUUCUCAGAUGUCUAAUGCUCCAUCUGUCUGAUGUUACUGUCAGCUGGCAUAGCCACGUCUUUCACAGCUGUGGUCUUCUGCUCCUUGUCAACUAUAUCUGUUUGGUUGGCCAGAGGCUGCUUUUCUAUCCGGAACUUGAAAGUCCCACAGGACCUUAAUCCACUGUUGUUUCAACCACCUUUAGACGCAAUGGGAACUUGGUGAUAUCUAAUCCAUAUGCAGCAAAGAUGUUCUACAAGAGUCAGAGGCUUUCAUGUAGUGAAUCCAGGUGGUGCUGAGUUUUGUCUGCCUGUUCCUCGAAUCCUCAUGAACUGCUCAACCAGGAGCUGGUGCUUUGUAAACUGUUAUUUCUAAUGUCCUUCUGUGCUGUGCUCAAUGGUUGACUCACGUGUCUACUUGUAACUAGCUUGGUUACGGUCGUGCAGAGAGACCGCAUCAUCUGUCCAGGGAUUGUGUGUCUGCUUGCACUGAACUCUGUUGUCAGCCAGCUGCAAAGAAGAACAAAGUUGUAACAUACAAAGAGUUGAAGUAAAACCAGGUGUUAAAAACAAUAUCUGUGCUUUACAUGCUGUAUUUUUUAGCUCCCAUCCCCAGGGAACUCACUAUUACUCACUGCUCUAUUCCAGCCCACUUGGACUUUACAGCAGUGCAUCUUGUGCGACUGAAAAUCCCUUCCCCCUCCCUGUCUGUACGUGCACACAUUUGCGGGACUAUAAAUCCAACUUUAUUGGAGCUUCCAU